AUGGCUCGCCACGGGGAUACUCGCUCACCAUCACCUGUAGGCAGCACAUAUUCUUCAUCCAGACGAAGUCGCAGAGAUGAUGAUCGCUACGAAAAGAGCAGGCGAGAUGAUCUGAGGAGUUAUCGAAGAUCUCGUAGCCCUGAGAGACGAUAUCGCGAUCGCGACCGUGAUUCAUACCGGCGACGUGACCGCUCCGUAGACAGACGCGACGAUCAUCGGGAUGAAGAUAGCUAUCGAUCAAGCCGGAGAGAUCGUUCUCGCGAUCGACGUCGAUCAAGAGAUAGAGGUGAUGACCGGGAUCAUCGCCGAAAAAGUCGCGAGAGAGAUUAUCGAAGCAGGCGAGAUGAUUCCCGCGACCGGGCCCGGAGGCGAACAGACGAUUCUGCUGACUUGAAGCACAAGUCUAGACGGGACGAUAGUCGGACGAGGAAUCUGGAUUCCAAGCCGCGAGAGGCCUCGAAGCCAUCCACCCCUGCGCCCACGGCUCCAACCGAGGACGAGAAAAGAGCGGAAAGACUGGCGAAAUUAGAAGCCUGGAAGCAAAAGCAGGCUGCUGAGAGAGAACGGAAGCAGCGCGAGGCCGCUGCAGCUGGUGGAGCAAGAAGCAUUCUGGAAGAGAUAGACAGAAAAUCGGGUCUGUCACCGGCUGUUGGCUCUCCGCAAUCUCCAGCGACGCCUACCACAGAUGCCACUCCUACUCCAUAUUCCGGCAAAUUUGACCCGAAGGCUAUUGUACGAAAUGCGGCACCGGCCCCAAGUACACCUGCUGUGCUUGGUAACGAUGUUGCCGUUCCUCAGUCUGCCAAAGCGUCCGCUUCCUCAUCCUCCAUGAAUAAUCAUGUACAAGCUAACAAACAUCCAGCCGCCAACAGCACUACAUCAUGUAAGUUAUACAUUCCCACCAUAAGAUUUCUUCAAAUUGCUAAUGUUACUUGUACAGCUACGUCGACAGUAAAACGAAAUGUUGGCGGUUUCGGGUUAGGCGCCAAGCAAGUUGCAGAUGCCGAGAAGUCAUCAGCAGUUAAGACUCUCGGUUUUGGCGAAGAGGAAUCCAAGCGAAAGAAAUUGGAGCGUUUACCGACCCCUCCACUAGAAGACGCAAAAGAUGACAUGGGGGCUGUGGAUGCUGCCGUAGAGGAUGAAGAUGAUGUCGACAUGCAGGACGGUGGGACUGAGGAGGAGAAUGCGGCUGCCGCACGAGCUGCUGCGGAACGGCGCGAAGAACGUUUGCAGAGCGAAGCUCUACGGGCCCAGUCAAAAGAGGCUGCGCUUCAGUCCAACGGCGAUGUCGAGAUGAAUGACGUCCCUCACCAAGCAGAAUCCGAGAAAAUGGAGGUUGAUGCAGCGGAGGAGGAAGUUGACCCACUGGAUGCUUUCAUGUCGGAACUGGCCGAGACCGCUCCGCCAAAGAAGACAACUGGCGCCAGAUUUACCAAAGCGAAGGAUCAGCAGCCCGAGGCGAUGUUCGGCGACGAACACGAUGUGGAUUUGACCGCUGUGGGCGAGGGUGACGCUGAUGAUUUUCUUGCGAUUGCUAACAAAGCGAAGAAGAAGAAGGACAUCCCGACCGUUGACCAUGAAAAGAUGGAAUACGAGCCCUUCCGCAAAAAGUUCUACACCGAGCCUUCCAACUUGGCUGAAAUGACCGACGAAGAAGCUGCCAGCCUACGGCUGGAACUUGACGGAAUCAAAGUGCGCGGUGUUGACGUGCCCAAACCAGUCAUGAAAUGGUCGCAGUGCGGGUUGGGCGUGCAGACCUUGGAUGUUAUACAGAAGCUCGGCUACGAGAAUCCCACCUCGAUUCAAUCGCAGGCCAUUCCUGCGAUCAUGUCUGGCCGCGAUGUGAUCGGUGUGGCCAAGACUGGAUCAGGUAAAACGAUUGCUUUUCUGAUUCCUAUGUUCCGACAUAUCAGAGACCAACGGCCGCUGGAGAACAUGGAAGGACCUAUUGGGCUUAUCAUGACACCGACACGCGAGCUUGCGACUCAGAUCCACAAGGAUUGCAAGCCCUUUUUGAAGGCGUUGAAUCUUCGGGCCGUUUGUGCUUAUGGCGGCGCUCCUAUCAAGGACCAGAUUGCUGAACUGAAGCGUGGUGCCGAGAUUGUUGUAUGUACACCGGGACGGAUGAUUGACCUGCUGGCGGCGAAUGCGGGCAGGGUUACUAAUCUGCGAAGAGUCACUUAUGUUGUCUUGGACGAAGCGGAUCGCAUGUUUGAUAUGGGAUUCGAGCCCCAAGUCAUGAAGAUCAUGGCCAAUAUCCGACCCGAUCGACAGACAGUGUUGUUCUCGGCCACCUUCCCUCGGAACAUGGAGGCUUUGGCUCGUAAGUCGUUGACCAAGCCGAUCGAGAUUGUUGUCGGUGGGAAAAGCGUCGUCGCGCCUGAGAUCACCCAGAUAGUGGAGGUGCGCAACGAAGACACAAAGUUUGUACGGCUAUUGGAGAUUUUGGGCAACUUGUACUCGGAUGACGCCAACGAAGAUGCACGUGCUUUGAUUUUCGUCGACCGUCAAGAAGCUGCGGAUACUCUCCUUCGAGAGUUGAUGCGCAAGGGUUAUCCUUGCAUGUCCAUCCACGGAGGCAAAGACCAAAUUGACCGAGAUUCUACGAUUGAAGAUUUUAAGGCCGGAAUCUUCCCCGUUUUGAUUGCCACCUCUGUCGCUGCUCGAGGUCUAGACGUGAAGCAGCUGAAGCUCGUUGUCAACUACGAUGCGCCGAACCAUCUGGAAGAUUACGUUCACCGGGCCGGACGAACUGGCCGUGCUGGCAAUACGGGAACUGCAGUCACGUUCCUGACCGAAGAACAGGAGCGGUAUUCGGUGGACAUCGCCAAAGCUUUGAGGCAGAGUGGACAGAAGGUGCCUGAGCCCGUCCAAAAGAUGGUCGAUUCCUUUUUGGAGAAGGUCAAAGCGGGCAAGGAGAAAGCCAGCGCGUCUGGAUUCGGAGGAAAGGGUCUUGAGCGCCUUGACCAGGAGCGAGAUGCAGCUCGGAUGCGGGAACGGCGGACAUACAAGACAGGCGAAGAGGGUGAAGAUGAAGAAGAUAAAGAAGAUAAGGCCGAGAAGGCGGACGAGCGGUUCAGCAAAAUUGUAUCCUCGGUGCAAUCUGCCGCCGCCGCCGCAACAACUCCCUUGCCCGGUGUUCCCAAGGGUAUCGAUCUUGAUGGCAAGAUUACGGUUCACAGGACCGAGAAAGACCCAGCGGGCGCGUCGAAGAACCCAUUGGAUAAGGUGGGCUCGGCGGUCGCUGACAUCCAUGCCCGUCUCAGCCGUGCUGGAGUCAUGCGGUCUGGUGUGCCGAUCGAUAAUCGCGGCCCUGAUGCGGGAGCUUUCCAUGCAACCCUGGAGAUCAACGAUUUUCCUCAAAAAGCUCGUUGGGCCGUUACCAACCGUACGAAUGUGGCCAAGAUUCUGGAGGCUACCGGCACGUCUAUCACCACCAAAGGAAGUUUCUAUCCUGCUGGCAAGGAGCCUGGACCUGGUGAGAACCCGAAGCUGUAUAUUCUUGUUGAGGGUGAAACGGAACUCGCCGUGACGAAUGCCAUGCGGGAGUUGAUGCGGUUGCUCAAAGAGGGCACUCUGGCCGCUGCCGAUAGUGACGCAAGGGCACCAGUGGGAGGACGGUACAACGUUGUCUAA